AUUGAGGUUAUAUUUACUAUUUCUGCUAAUCGAGCAAAACCCCAGAAUGACAAUUAAUAAUAGUACUUAUUUAUAAGGAUGAAUGAGCUGAAUAUGUGAAUUUCAAUAUGUGUUUCGGACCAUUCUCCAAGUUAUGCCAUUGGGGUCCCCUUUCGGCGAUAUGUAUAAUAAAAUGCGUAACUGGUAUGACUAUGCAUUGUAGUAAUUUACUAUGGCCUGGAAAAUCAUAUAUGGGAAUGUUGAAUACGUUGUGUUUCAUGAGUCUUGCAGGUUUAACAUUGUACAAUUUUUUGUCUGCCAUUGCCCAUGGUCCUGGAUUUUUACCAAACAAUUGGGUCCCUGGCAAUAUGAAUGAUGUGAAGCUUAUGCAGUUCUGCAAAGUCUGCAAUUCCUAUAAGGCUCCUAGAUCUCACCAUUGUCGUAAAUGCAAUCGUUGUGUACUUAAAAUGGAUCAUCACUGCCCAUGGAUCAAUAAUUGUGUUGGUUGGGGUAACCACGCACAUUUUAUUGCAUUCCUUAGUUUUGCUACUAUAGGCUGUUUGCAUGCAUCAUUCAUUCUGGGAACAACACUCUACAGGUCGGUAUACAGGGUGUACCCCAUUGAUGUCCACCACAGGCAUCAAGUAGUGUAUUUGGGACUGUAUGGGACCAUAUUUUGUGUCCUGUCUUUGGGAUUUGCAAUUGGAGUAGUUAUAGCAGUAGGCAUGCUUCUAUACUUCCAAAUAAGGGCUAUAGUGAGAAAUAGAACUGGCAUAGAAGACUGGAUAAUUGAAAAGGCUGCUUAUAGACGGAGACAUUCCAAUAAACCAUUCUUAUAUCCUUACGAUUUAGGUAUAUGGAGAAACAUCAAACAAGUUGUUACUUUUAGCUGUCAACCCAUUGGUGAUGGAAUCUAUUGGGAUGUUGUCGAUGGAUGUAAUCAGUAUAGUUUAACUGUUGAACAAUUGAAGCAAAAGAAAGAAAAAAGAUCUCGAGCAAGACUUUAUACUGUUGUGAAAGGUGCUUCCGGUUAUUGGUUCCCCGUAGUUCAUGGGGUAGGAGUCUUCUGCCAUCCUCCUUGUACCGACGAGGAAAGGAUAACCCUCCAGCCUGACGAUGAAGUUGUAGUCACCAGAUGGCGCAAGUAUUGGCUAUUUGGUGAAAAAAUACAAGAAGAGAAUGGACAACCAAAAAAACGUGUAAGAGGAUGGUUUCCUAGAUGUUGUGCUGUUGAAACUACAGAAGAAAUUCCGUCAACAUCUGUACAAGACGGAAAUAACAAAUAUAAAACGAAUUAAACAAAUUUUCUGUGA